AUGGCAGUCUUUAAAGGUGUGAAGGCUGAUCCCUCAGAGGCUGUUCAUCUUUUGCUCAAUCAAGUCACGGAGUACCAUGCGGCUAAACCAGCAGUCCAAGCCCGUCCUCACAUAGCCACCAACAGCUCUGCACCACAAAAUUGGUGUAAACCUCCGCCAAGUUUUCUCAAGGUGAAUUGCGAUGCUACGUGGUCAGCUCCGGCAUCGAGCGAGGGAGUCGGUUGGGUCAUUCGGGACACUUUUGGGUUGCUGCUCUGUGCUGGUGGGGACCUCCAUGGCUCCUCCGCACUUAUGAUGGAGCUUCUUGCUAUUCGUCAUGCUCCUAGUGCAUGUGUUCAUUUCCAUCUCACUGACUUAAUAGUGGAGUCGGAUACUCAGACAGGAAUCUUGAUGCUUACUGGACAGAUUGCAGUAGUCUCAGAUUUGGAGGGGAUUAUUUUUGAUAUCAAGCACUUGGUGGCUUCUCUUUCUCGAGUCUCCUUUGUGUUCGCUCCCAAGGCUUGUAACAAAGCUGCUCACACUGUUGCUGGUUUCGUUUCUAAACAGGGGGGUAAUCAUGUUUGGGAUGACCUUGGAACUGACUGGCUUUUCAAUAUUCUUGCUUCCGAUGUAAACCUUACAAUUCGUUAUUAA